ACCAAAGAUUUAUUUAUGCAGCCUCACUGCAAGUACAAACACACUCUUGUUUGUGAUGAUGAUGUACCUUCGGCACGUUUACCAAUAAAACCACACCAUAUGUAAACUCAUUCAAGUUGCCUAAGCCUGCGAAAGUAAACAAUGCGAAUAAGCCAAGUUCAAUGAGCCAGAGCAAACGAAUUAGUGAAUCGAGCGGGAGAACCGGUUGUUUUUGCUUUUAUUGAUUCCAUUUCGAUUCUGGCUGCUAUCAGAAAAUCCCAAGUGGUGUGUCACAAGUGUCAAGACCCAUCUGGAGAGAUAACCCAGCCGGGGAAUCGAACAAAGCCAUCGUUUGAUUUUAUUGUUGCUAAAUUUCGGCGGGGCGCCGGGAAAGAGCGCGUGCCUGUACUGAAACAAGAGUGAUUUCAACACGAUGAUGCAGCACUGAUCGAAAGCCCACAGCCCGAUAGCUGGAGAAGUUGUAGUGCCUCAUUGUACUGAUUAUAAAGUUCAAAGAACUUAAACAGCUCACCAAUUCUGCUGUAAUUGUGUGGAUAAGUACUGAUCUAACUUUCAGAAAUAUUAAUCAUGCUGUUUUGUGUCUCCGAAUCCAUUAAAUAGGUUCUCUCAGUGUGCCGCCUCGCUUGCGACUAAUUGCCUCUUGGAAGUUGGAAGUUGCCCGGCUGGUUUCUGCUCUCAGGUCUGGGAGCGCCAAUCGGCGAGCUGACCCCACUGCAGUUCGCAUCGCGCGCUGAUCGAGAACGGAGGAUGAGCAGUCGGUGUGCCUCUUCCACGUCCACCUGUGUGUAUCUGCACCUGCUGGUGCUGCUCACACCGCUAGCAGUCCCAGCUAGCGCAACACCUGCCAUAAGUCCGCAGUCGCAGCGCGGCAUCGUCUUUCCCAAGGAUUCCUUCGAUGAGUGCUUCCUGGACGAACUGCAGCGGACGAAGGGCAGUUGCCGGCGCAUGGAGGAUUGCCCCCUCGCCCUGAAGGGAUGGCUGGAGAGGCGCGAGUCCCCCAAGACCUGCUACUUCGUGAGGUUCGAUCACUUCGUAUGCUGCAAACCGGAGGAGCCGACUGCCACUGAAGUGCCGCCCACGCUCCCCCCCACGCGAAAUCCCUUCAAAGCGCCGCUGGUGGUGCGAUCCAGUCUGCAGGCCUGCUACGAUCUCAACAAUGUCAAGAAGACCAACGAGAACGACUUGACCUUCGUGGUCUCGGUAGUGGGCGGGAUGCCCACCCGGCCACGGGAGUUCCCCUUCAUGGCGGCACUGGGCUGGCGUUCCAACUUCGAUCAGCGGAUAUACUACCGGUGCGGCGGUGCCCUGAUCGCCAACAACUUUGUGCUGACGGCGGCCCACUGUGCCGACUUGGGCGGUGAGCCGCCCAGCCAGGUUCGCCUCGGCGGUGACAAUCUGACCCUAGCCGAGGGCGAGGAUCUCGUCAUCCGCCGGGUGAUCAUCCAUCCGGAAUACAAUGCCAACACCGCCUACAACGACAUUGCUCUGCUAGAGCUGGAGACGGCGGCCAAGCCGGAACUGAAGCCCACAUGUAUUUGGGCGGAAAAGGAGAUCGCCAACUCACUGGUCACGGCCAUCGGAUACGGGCAGACCAGCUUCGCCGGACUCUCCUCCGCCCAGCUGCUCAAGGUGCCGCUGAAGGGCGUAAGCAACGAGGAGUGCCAGGUGCACUACCAGGAGGACCAGCUGGCCCAGGGACUGCUGGGCACCCAGAUGUGUGCCGGCGACAUAUCCGGCGAGAGGGACACAUGUCAGGGCGACUCCGGGGGACCACUGCUCAUGCAGGACGGGCCACUGGGCUACGUGGUGGGCAUCACGUCGUUGGGACAGGGGUGCGCCAGUGGCCCGCCAUCGGUGUACACCAGGGUGUCCAGCUUCGUCGACUGGAUCGAGGGCAUUGUGUGGCCAGCGCAGCAAGAGGCGGCUGCCCCGAAACCCGCUGAGAUGACCAGUCCCGAGUUCGAUCUGAGGGCGAUGAUCUAAAAUCAAGCUAGUAAUGUAUAUAAAAUAUAGACUGUAUUGGUCGUAAGGUUCUACUAGAUAACGAAAAAAUUUACACAAAGGCAAAUCUUCUGCAUUACUGAAAACAACAAAAAUAUUUAGAUUAAAAAAGAGUCAAUCAACUAUAAACAAAUGCUAACACUAGGCUUAAACUUUCGUUACUUAAAAAAUGUACGGCUGAACUAACUUCAAAGUUUUUUAAAUUGUAUUUACUUGUUCCCCCAUAUACUGCCUAUACUUUUGAGAGCUUGUCGAUUCCUGCCUGCUCUUUAACGUAAACUUUUGGUUCACCAAUGACUUAAGUUUAAAUAAAUAUUUAUACCAUUGA